GAAAAAAAGCAGGACACUGUCGUUCGCAUUACCAACAGCAGAGGAUUUGAAUUCGGACGUCUUCCGCAAGACGUCGCGUCCUGGGUCUCGCGGCUUCUUGAUCUAGAUAUCGUCGAGUUCCGGAAAUGCACCAUGGUCGAUUGUCCCGCCAAACUCACGACCGGCGCGAACUUGAUUCUGUCCUUGUCUGUGUUUAUCAAAGCUUCCGCAUUUCGAACACCGUCUAUUUCGUCUAACGAAAAAGAGAAAGACAGGUCGAAGAUCAUGUUCAACGAAGGGCGUGAGACCGAAGAAGAGCUGAUUUUGAGAGAACGCAAGCGGUCUCUAGGCAGCCUGUUCAAGCGCAUCAAUUUAAAGCCCGUGAAGAAGGCGGGGGUGUCAUCAAAGGCUGGAGGGAAGUUGACCCAGCAGGACUUGCAAGUGCUGACUCAAGGACCUCGCCCGCCUGCGACAAAGUCGUCUGGGAAUGGUGACGACGAUGACGGCGAGGGCGAUAUGACAGAGGACCAGAUCAACAUGAUCUACCAGAAGGCACAGCAGAACGACAGGGAUAUGGGUGAGAUGGAACCCGCCGAAUCUUUCACGAUGAAAUUACGAGGAUACCAGAAACAGGCUCUCUUGUGGAUGCACUCCAUCGAGACGGGUGCCGCAUCCGCUCGAGAGGCAAAAUCUUUGCACCCACUGUGGAAACAGUAUCUCUUCCCCAUGGACCCACACAAUGAGGUACUGGACCUCACGGCUGAUGAAGAGUUCUUCUACUUCAACGAAUACUCAGGCGAACUCAGUCUUGAGUUCCCGAAAGCAGAGCGGAAAUGCAAAGGCGGCAUCCUUGCUUGCUUUGCGUUUGCUAUGGGUAUGGGUAAGACAAUCAUGCUGUCAUCGCUGAUACAAACGGCUCGCGAACCGGAACCCCUGAAUGAUGAUGAUGCCAACGGAUCCUCCAAGACGAAACAGCUCCGACUGAACAACACAUUCCGUGUAGCCGCGAAGCCCCAACCUCAGCGGCGCAAGGGUCCCUCUGACACGCUCAUUGUCGCUCCGACAUCACUGCUAGCGCAGUGGGCAGAAGAACUUGAGCGCUCGAGUGAGCCGGGCACUUUGAACAUCCUUGUGUGGCAUGGCCAAAAUCGACUGGACCUCGACUCAGCCAUGGACGACGACGAUGCCAUCAACGUCAUCAUCACUUCGUACGGUACCUUGGUGUCUGAGCACGCUAAACAUGAAAAGCAUUCGUCUUCGGUAUAUGAGAUCGAAUGGUUGCGUGUUAUACUCGACGAAGCCCACCACUGCAAGUCUCGGACGAGCAAAACGGCGAAGGCAGUUUACGCUCUUCGUGCACGCAGGCGAUGGGCUGUGACUGGAACUCCCAUUGUCAACCGCUUGGAGGAUCUCUACUCGCUUUUGAAAUUCUUGGAUUUUACGCCAUGGUCGAACUACACAUUCUUCCGAUCUUUCAUCACGUUACCUUUCUUGGCUCGCGACCGGAAGGCCGUUGAGGUCGUGCAAAUCAUCCUCGAGAGCGUCCUUCUGCGCCGCGAGAAGGAUAUGCUUGACUCCGAUGGCAAGAAGAUCGUAGAGCUUCCCGCGAAAGAGAUCAAGGUCGAGCGACUGGACUUCUCUCCGCUGGAACGCAAGAUCUACGACUCGCUGUACUCGGAUGCGAAGAAGGACUUCGAGAACCUGAAUGAGAAGGGCCUUGUCAGCCGCAAUUACACUCACAUUCUCGCAAUGUUGAUGCGGCUGCGACGCGCAGUACUCCACCCCAACCUCGUAUUGUCAUCAAGCGAACGUGGGUCCUCGAAGGCACCAGCAGGCAGCGGUACUAUCGACGUGGAAGAGCUCAUCGAGAAGUUCGGGCAGGGAGAAAACUCCGUGGGAGAUAGCAAAGUCUAUGCCGAAGGCGUUCUCGCAAACCUUGGGCAAGAGGGCGACGCGGAAUGUCCCAUCUGCUUCGACGUUAUGGAGACGCCGGUCAUCUUGCCUGAGUGUAUGCACCAGUCCUGCAAAGACUGUAUCGUGGCCUUUAUCGAAAAAUGCCGGGAGAAGGGCGAAGACGGCAAGUGCCCGACAUGUUCCCGUGGUCCAGUGAAGGAACGUGACCUGCUGGAGGUAGUCCGGGCGCGAACGAACGGCGGCGAGAAGGAUUCAGAGACACCAACAUCAUCGACCCAAGUGACGUUGCGUCGCAACGACUUCCGCUCGUCCACGAAGCUCGAAGCAUUGGUCCAGCACCUCCGCCGCCUACGCGACCAAGAUCCGUGCUUCCGAGCGGUCGUAUUCUCUCAGUUCACCAGUUUCCUCGACCUCAUCCAGGUAGUACUGGAACGCGAGGGUCUGCCUUGGCACCGCUUCGAUGGCUCGAUGGACAUCAAAAAGCGUAAUGAGGCGGUCAGCAGCUUCAAGGCGGCGUCCCGUGAGCCGAAGGUGCUUAUCAUCAGUUUGAAAGCAGGCGGAGUGGGAUUGAACCUGACGAAUGCGAACCACGUGUUCAUGAUGGACUGCUGGUGGAACGCCGCUACGGAGAAUCAAGCGAUCGACCGUGUCCACAGGAUCGGGCAGAACCAGACUGUCUACGUGACUCAUUUCAUCGUGAGCGGUACGAUCGAAGGCCGCAUCCUGCAGAUCCAGAAGCGCAAGACCGCGAUCGUCAAGGAGGCAUUCAAGGGCAAGCGCGACAGCGACCCCGAGAGCAUCGAGAACCUCAAGAUCAUGUUCGGCGACGACCACCCCAGCCAGUAUUGA